AUGGAUUUUGAGGAACCUCUUUCAAUUAUUUUUCCACCGGAACCUCCUUCCAAGGUCACUUCACGAACACAGCCCGCUACCAAGUGCUCUUUAUGCCCCGAUCACCAUCUUACUGAUGCUUAUCAGCAGCCUCUCACUGUUUCAUUUCCUGCUGAUCAGCAGCAUGCGUCACCCUUGGUUCCAGCAGCAGCCUCUCCAGCUACCCCGAUAGCACCCUCGGUUCCCACUGCUCCUUCGUCACCGGCUAUCUCGACAUUACCGGAAACUUCAGCUCCAUCGCCACCCCCUACACCUGACUUUACUUCGGUCUCUACACAUCCCGUGGUUACUAGAUCACGUGCAAAACCGGACAAAAAAAGCCGACGGGUCCCCGCCCUCACGGGUCAGGGAGACCGAUACAUGCCGCCGCCUCACUCCGCCGCUUCCCCAAAACGUCAACCGCCACCGGCAGCCUCCCCUCUGUACAAACACAACUCAUGGUCGCCGGACAUACUCCGAGAUGAAGAAUGGCUCAAGCGGAAGGACAACCACGACCUCCGCCGUCGUCUCCGGAACAAAAGCGUCACCGAUGAGGAUAUCGAUGAGCUCAAAGCUUGUAUCGAGUUAGGGUUCGGAUUUGAUGAAUUGAAUGAUCGACUUUCAAGUACUUUACCAGCUUUAGGUCUGUAUUACGCCGUCAACAAGCAAUAUCACGAUACGAUCUCGAAGUCAUCGUCCAUGUCGUCAUCGUCGUCUUCUUCUUCUUCCGUCUCUUCAUUUUCACCUACCGUCUCCGAAUCUGAUUUAUCUCUUCCGUUUGAUAAUCCUCACGCCAUAUUCGGUCAAGUUGAUAAUCCAGAGACAAUGAAGACAAGAUUGAGACAAUGGGCACAAGUUGUAGCUUGUUCUUUGCGUCAAUCAUCAUCACCAUUAUCAUCAUCAUCAUGAAGCUUAAACCACGAAGAACAAUCUGCUUACUUUAAGGGCAAGGUAAGCCAUCUAUGGCUAAGAUUAUAAGUAAACCUCGAUCUCUAAUUGCGCCCUGUACAUACCAACACAUUGUUGAUUGCCUAUGAGAAGGGAAAACACUUUUACUUUGAAUGUUUGUAAAUUGACCUUUUGUAUGCUAUUCCAUGUCUUUUUUUUUUCACUUUUUAUCGUAUGUAAUUUCUCAUAUUCACAUGAUAUGUGUUUUCAUAGCUCAACUUUAAUAUAAAAGUCUUAAUUUAUGUUGA